AUGAACAAAGAAAAAAUUGAAGUCAUCCAUUUAGCGAAACUACCAAAAUUUACAAAUGUGGCUACAAACAAAAUGAUAUCUGCGUUAUCGGCCAUAGCCCUUGAAAUGGAAAAUGAUAAUGAACAAUUGUAUGAGAAAUUAAGUCUAUUUGUGGCUAAAACCAUAAUGUCUGCAAAGGAAAGUGAGACGGUAUCGUUGCAUGAUGACAUAAACACCAUCAGAGAUGAAUGUGCUGAUUAUUAUAUACGAAAUAAAUUAAAUGCAGAAAUGACGGAAAAUCUUAAAUCGGAAAACAAAGCUUUACGUGAGAAAUUAGAACAUUUACACAAAUUUAUUAAUCUUGGAUAUGUAGAGCUGCAAAAGAUGAGAAAUAUUUCGUUAGACAACCCAACAACAGUUAUUCAAUUGAAAGAAAUUAUUCUCUCUUGUGGACAAUAUUAUGCCGAUUAUUGCAAUGAAAAAGAAACCUGCCUUCAAAUUGAACAAAAAAAUCGAUUUCUUAAUAACAAAAUCAAUAUAUUAGGAACAAACAUAGAUGGAAUAACGACGGAAUUAAAAAAUAUUCAAUACCAAAACUCUAAACUUCAUAAAGAAAAUAAUAUGUUAAAAAAUAAACUAGUAAAAAUAAUGGAAAAUAACGCUCUGAAAAUUGAUGAACCUUGUAAAAAUGGUUUAAUGGACAAUUUGAAUAAUACUUUCCGUACACAAAGCGAGAACAAUGAAAGCUCAUUUGAUUUAUCAUCACAUUUGUCUUUAGUAAAAAAUCUUCUUGAUGAUCAAGAUGUAAUGCUAGACGAUUUAAAAAAAAUGUCAGAUGAAUUAACUAGCCUUCCAGGAUUACCUAUGUUGUAAUAAUAAAAUACCAUAUUUAUUUUAUUAUUUAUUUCCUUUUCAUACCUACACAAACGUAUAAAGGCGGACUUAAUAUUUGAGGUAUUAUUUAUACAAUUCUAAUUAACAUUUAACAUUUUGUAUGAAACACUAUAAAUUUUAAAACUAAAUCGAUAAAACAAUUAAGGAAAAAAUUUACCAACUUCAAAAAAUCGUAAUAUAAAAAAACGACUGAAAAGAGUAAUAAUACCACAAACAUUCACCUUCAAUACAAUCGAAACACAAAAAGCACCAACAAUUUUUUUGAGGUCGGUGCCAGCUAUGUCAUUAGUAAGAAUUAAAACAGCGCUAUCAGAAAUGCUAAUUUUCUCUUACCAUACAUGAUAUUUUUCUUAUAAAUAUCUGUGCGGGAUCUUAUAAAUAUGUUGCGGGUUUUAGAGUAUUUCGUGAUGUUGUAGUUCUUCCAAAUUUUCCUCAUCCAUGGCAGGUCUGUAUAGUCAUACGUCGUUUUACUUCCUCAAUGCAACCACCAUCACUUAAAUUAACGCCUCCAAAUAUACAUAUUUGGUUUCUACAUCACAGUUUGCAAUCUGAGUUAUCUCGGGCAAGUUGUUUUUGCACAAUCCAUGAUCAUCAUCUUUAUUUUAUUGCGAUUAAUCAUC